GGCGUACUCCAUCUCGACAUUCUGACGCGCUCCUGGACCGGGGAGGACUUCCUGCGCUAUGUAGACUUACUCCUGGAUCGCAUGAACCCCUUCCCGCAGAAGAAUUCAGUUUUGGUCAUGGACAAUGGGAGUUCUCACCAUGUAGAGGGCCUGAGGGAGCUUGUUGAGGCACGGUAA